AUGACGUCACGAAAGUAAAAAGAUACUUCCUUUUUUUAAGUCAAGCUCUGAGCUCUAUUGAUGCCUCAAUAGUGACAGAAUGAAUAUCGUCUGCGUCUUUUGGUUGUUGAUCAAUGGAGGAUAUUUUGCUUUUACGGAAGCACUUGGAAAUGCAGGUUUACGAAUGCUUCUUCAAAACCAACUAAACCAAGAUUUGAUAAGAAACUUGGGAACACGUUAUGAAAUUGUACAUCCAAUACAAAUCAGCCAAUAUUGGAGUAAAGGAGUGUCAACAAGGGAUUCAAGUGUGGAUGGUCGUAUAACUCAUUUGCAAAAAACAUCAUUUGUAAUCGACACCUUUGGCUAUAAAUUGCAUUUGGAUUUAGAAUUAAAUACGAAUCUAUUUGCCCCAACAUUUGUACAGUUAAUUUAUUCUGAAGAAGAAUUGCCCAUCGCAAUUAAAGAGUUACCUGAAAAUUGUUUCUAUCAAGCAACAAUUAGAAAUUAUCCAGAUGGUACAGCUGCAUUUUAUACUUGCUCAGGAGUGAGAGGAAUUAUAUUGCUAGAUGGAAAAAUGUUUUUUCUACAGCCUUUGCAUGGAAACCUAUCAGAAACCCAUCCACACCUACUUUAUCAUGUCGCUCAAGAUGAACUAUUAAAGUGUGAUAAUACAGAGAUAGUAGAAAGUCUGGCGGAGAACAUGCUACACGUACAACCAAAUGAGGACGUUGCAUUGAGGGAAAAGUUUAUUGAAGUUGCUCUAGUUCUAGAUCAAUCCUUGAUCGAAAAAUAUUCUUCCAUUCAAGAGGCUAUAACCACAUCCAUUGAAAUGAUCAACUAUGCAGACAUGAUUUUCAAGCCAUUGAACACAUCUCUAAGUCUGGUUUACGGCGAACUGUGGGCAAAAAACCGAAUAGAAAUAACGAAUAAUAUCUCAAGUACUUUGAAAAACUUUAAAGAGUAUGCAGCUCAGCGAAUGAGUCGAUUUUCGAUAGAUACGGCUCAUCUCCUAUCAGGAAGCGAUUUUAAUGAUGAGCAAAAUGGCAUCGCUUUCUUGGAUAGUGUCUGCACAGCUAAUGGAGUUAGUUUAACUAAAGUGAAUAACAUUUUUCUUCCCUAUAUAUCUGCAAACAUUCUUGCUCAUUUAAUAGGACACAAUCUAGGAAUGAAACACGACCAUAAACGUGUACACAUUAUAAUGAUAAAUUCGUAA